AUGACGUUUCUAUCAAUUUUGUGUUCUGUGGCAGUAGCCUUUUCGGCAGUGACUGCAAGUCCCCAAGUUCUGUACCAAACUCCAUACAUUGCGAGCCCUUACCUCGCUACUCCUUACGUCGCAGGAGGACACUUGAGCACCCAGUACCACUCACAAGACGAUUUUGGACAAUAUGCAUACGGUUACAACAACGGUUUUGACUCAAAGACCGAACAUCGCUCUCUAGACGGAGUAACCCGUGGAUCCUACUCCUAUGUCGACCCUGAAGGAAAACUCCAAAGCGUGCAUUACACCGCCGACGCAGUUAACGGAUUCCGUGUGGCUGCCACCAAUUUGCCUGAGGACUCCGGCUCCGUCCCAUCUGCAAUUGAAUAUACACCAGAAGUUGCUCAAGCUAGAGCUGAACAUUUAAAAGCUGUCGAGCAGGCCAAAGCAGGUUAUGUAGCCCCAAUUUCUGGAGAUGUCCCAACUCAAGUGGAAGACACGCCUGAAGUUGUCGAGGCAAGAUCUGCUCAUUUGAAAGAGGUCGAAAAAGCUAGGAUUGACACUCUCCUUGCUAUACUUUACGGUAACAUUACCAAGCCAUAUGAAAAAUCUUAUAAUGGUCCCGCUUUACAAUACGUACCUUCAUAUGUAACACCUUACGGAACAUAUGUUCGGGGAUCCCCGCCACCCAUUCCCAGCACACACUGGAUUCUUGCUUUACAAAAACAAUGA